AUGGUCGUCCAAGUCCACCUCGUCCGCCACGCGCAGGGCUUCCACAACCUCUGCGUCGAAAACGAGGCCAUUCGCGACCCCCUCCUCACAGACCUGGGCAAGGAGCAAUGCGCCCGCCUCCGCUCCGCCUUCCCCCACCACUCCGAGCUCACCCACCUCGUCGCCAGCCCCCUGCGCCGCACCCUGCACACCUGCCUCCUCGGCUUCGGCACCGAGGGCGGGCCCAAGGUGAUCGCGCUCCCCGAGGUCCAGGAGGUCUCCGACGCGCCGUGCGACACGGGGUCCGCCGUCUCGGAGAUCGCGGGCGAGUUCGAGGGCAAGGUCGACUUCAGCAGGGUCCCGGACGACUGGACGGACAAGCAAAGCCCCGAGAGCAGGUGGGAGCCGACGCUGGCGAAGCUGGAGGUGAGGGCGGCGGAGGCGAGGAGGGCUCUGAGGGAGCUUGUGGGGGAUGUUCAAGGGGAUGCGCAUGUCGUCGUUGUCACGCACGGAGGGUUCUUGCACUUUUUGACGAACGAUUUCCAUGGUAUCGAGGCUGGGAAAGCGACUGGUUGGGCGAACACUGAGUUCAGAUCAUACAACUUCGUCGACAGCACCGGCAAGGAUGAGAAGGCACUUUUGACCGAGACCCAGGAGAGCUGGAAGCGCCGCCAGGGCGAGAACACUCGUCCCACUCCUGAACAGCAGGCCGAGCUGCAGCGCGUCUUCUACAGAGACAUGGAGCCGUACCUCAAGUACUCCAAGGAACGCGGCUGGAUGCAAUGA